AUGGCCGCCGCGGUGCGCUUACUAAUCAGCCGGGGUCCCGCCUCGCUCGACGACGACGGCUAUUUCCACUGCCAAGACGUCGAGCUGACAACCUUCAACAUCCACGGCCGCAAACGCUCGCCCUCGAUCGCUUCGACUUCGUCUUCCUCGUCUCCCUCUUCGUCGUCGUCAUCAUUUGUGGCGUCUCCUCCCGCGGUAGCGCCGCCGCCGCGUCGCCGCAGCCACCGACGUUCCCAAGACGCCCGUCACGGCCGCUCCCUCAGCAUCGUCACGCUGCUGUCCUCGUCCUCGUCCUCGUCCUCGUCUACAUCUCUGUACCAGUGCCCGUCGCCGUCCCUCGUCUACAUCCGGGGCAUGACUGCCGACCAGCGCCGCAAGCUCGCCGACCAAAUCUGGCGUGAAAUCUGGUGA